AAUAGACUUGCCAGACGCGAAAGCUUGAUAGGUGUAGGCCAGUACCUAAGGAGAGCAGGGCUUUACGAAGGAACAAUUAACAAUCACUACUGCAAAUUUAAGGAAAGAUGGGCUGCUGUGCAUUACUUUGAAAAAGUGCACAUUCUUUCACCAUUACAUAUUUACCUGCUGUACAUCCUAAGCAAUUAGAGACCCAGAGUUAAAUACACCAGCUGCUACUUGGGACCUUAGCUAUGUAAAAACAUUGGUUAUAUCAUUGUGUAACAUAAGAUGGAUGAUAUGUGUGUUUGAUAACUUGAACUUACUAGAAAAGUUAAAGAUCUUAAACAUUGUUGAUUCAGUCAGAGUGUUUUGCACAAUGGUCAGAAAAAUCUGACCUAUGAAUGUCAAAAACAAUUCAAUUUAGACAUUUAACCACAAAAACUAGUACAUCAAACAAUAUUAUAUAAUUUUGACUUGUUUUUAUUUUAAAGAUAUAAGCUUAAGCCCAGCUAAAAAAAAUGUGUUUCCUAAAAUGUUCGUUUUUUGUUCUCACAACGUUCCCUUAACGUUAGUUUAUGGUUUAUAGAGCGUUAUUUUAAAAGUUUUGUUUUUGGUUAACUAAUUGGCCAGGAAAGUUUUCUUUACGAAGUAAAGUAGGGUAGUAAAGUAGUUUUUGGGUAGGAAAACGUUAUCUUAACCAGAUGCUAAUUAUGCUAUGCUAUGUUUCUGGAAUGAGCAACACGUCGUAACUGUACCUACCAAGUCGAUUUUUUUUCUGGUGUCACUUCGCUAUUUAUUUUUCUAAACUUUUUACUUUUACUCCUUACAUUUUCCCACAAAUAUCUGUAGCCUACUUUUUACUUACAUUUUUAAAACAGGCUCAUUACUUUAGUUUUAAUCUGUAUUUUAAAAAAAAUAGAAAAAAUUCAGUUCGGAAGGUCUUGUUCCCAUGCGAUCUCUCGCUCCCGCCCCUGCGCGUGUCCGCGUGUCUGGUCAGUGUGCAGCACAUCACACAGGUAUGUAGGCAGUAGCCCUUUCCAGCUACUAACUCAGUUGUCUUUUUCUUGGCUUGUUGUUAAGGUGUGUGAUGAUGAACAAAAUACUCGACUUUACACCUAAUUAGCCACAAGACAACUUUACAUCGUGUCUGCUUAUGUAAUUAGCUAAAGUUUUGCUAACGCAUUAACCGUACAUCAUGCCAUGUAAUACUGUACUUGUCCAUUUAUAAUAGAGACAAUACAAGUGGAUACAGUCAAAUUUGCGUAAAAUGUCAUAAUCACCACAUGCAAAUAAAGCAUUAUCAAAUUAAAAUGCGCUAAUAUCAUGUGCAGUUACAUCUGACAAAGAACAAAUCUUUUAUAUACAAACAGAUAAAGGGUAGUAGGCUUAAAGGGGACAUUUGGCAAGACGUUAAAAAGUGCAAAGUAAAUCUUUGGUGUCCCCAUGAUGCAUAUGUGAAGUUUUAGCUCAAAAUAUUAUAUAGUUAAUUUAUUAUAAUAUGUUAAAUUUGCCACUUUGUAGGUGUGAGCAAAAAUGUGCCGGUUUUGUGUCCUUAAAAAUGCAAAUGAACUCUGCACUAAAUGGUAGUGCCGUGUUUGUAGAUCAAGGGGCGGUAUUAUUAUAAUAAGAUCCCCUUCUGACCUCACAAGAGGAACCACAUUUCAAUUACCUAAGUUGAUCUAAAUUGAAUUAAGUUGGGUUGAUCUUUUUCACAUUUUCUAGGUUGAUACAAGCACUGGGGACCCAAUUAUAGCAUUUAAUGAUAUGUCCCCCACCAUCUAACUGUGUUGAAGUGUUUUUCAUUAGACUAAAAUAAGACCUGGAAUAUGAACAAAAUAAUGUAAAAUCUAAAAACUUCAUGAAAAAGUGUCCUUUGUAACUUAAUAAUUUUGCUAGUUAAUGCUAGAAGACCAUGUCAUGUGAACUGAUUAUUUUGUAGAAAUCUGUUGAGUAUAAUAGUAAUAAUAAUACGUUUCAUUUAUAUAGCGCUUUCCAGAGUUCAAGGUCACUUUACAUAGAACAAUUACCAAGAAGACGAUUAUAAAGGACAAUGAAGUUCAGGGAGGUGUAUAGAAACAGAGUCAAGUUCAAAAAUACAGAACAGAAAUUAAGAGACAUAAAAUUCAGAGAGAUAUUGGUAAUAAAUACAGAGUAAUCAAAUCAGGAGGAAUAGCAUUCAGAAAACAGGUGGGUUUUGAGUAAUAAUUUAAAUUCAGAUAUAUCAUUUACACUACAGAGAAAGCAGGGAAGAGAAUUCCAAAGUUUGGGUGCAAUAAUAGGGAAAUCUGCCCCUCAUUGAAGAAAGGCGAUACCGAGGGAUAACAAGAAGGCUAGAGUCAGAGGAACGUAGUGAGCGAGUCAGAAUGUAGGGAAUGAGCAUAUUGCAGAAUAUAUCGCUUGCCAUUGAACUUUGAGCUUUAUAAUUUUGCAGGAAUUAUUGAUGCUCUAAAAUCAACCUUACACACCAACUAAAGUUUGAGAAAUGCGAUCACGAAUAAUGGCACAUUAAAUAUAUUAAUACAAAAAAAUGUCAGUGUACUACUCUCACCUGGUACGAGUAUGAAUUUUAUAAUUAAGUGUAAGGGAAUUAAAAUAAAUUUGUAAGGAAGUCAGAGUUGUCUUAACAUAUGUAACGUUUUAUAUGUACCGACUACACGUUUUACUCAAGUAAUUUUAAAUACGAGUAACUGUACUUCUUCUUGAGUAAAGAAUGUGUGUACUUUUUCCAGUCUUGUCUUUGUGUUUUUUAGUGUUGAUGAUGAGAUGGAUGUGAUGUGCUGUAAAUCAGUAGGAACUGAUCUGUCCAUGCUGGAUAUUGAUGAUUUCAUCACAGAAAUCUUUCAGCUGAAGAAAGAGGUGGCGCUACUGGAGACAAAGCUGAGGUUAAGAGGAGAUGAAGGACUGAAGAGAGAGGACUCCGAGCUCAGUCUGACUUUACUCUGUUAUACUGAGUCAAAGCACACAGACGCUCAGGACACUACAGUGUGUGACAGUAAUCAGGACUUACAGGAUGAUGAAUCUACUGAUCAAACCUCCACAGAGUCUCUGGAUUCUGUCUGUAACGCUGGAGAACAGCAGCAGAUCCUGCAGACCAAACUCAACAUGUGUUCAGUCAAACUCAUCGACUGCAAGAACCUCAUGAUGGAGACGAGAAGAGAAACCACAGAAGAGGAAGAUCACACUGACGAAGAUGAGGACUGUGGUGAUUAUUUAAUUCAUUCAGAUAAGAAGAGCAAUUUAUGUUCUGAUGGAGAAAUGUCCUCAACCUCAAGAGAGCUACUGACAGCACAAACUCUUUCCUGCGUCGCCAAUAGAGAGACAUUGAGUUCACAGAGACAUUUAGAGAGAAAACACACAGAAAAAAAACUUUUUACCUGCAGGAGAUGUAAGAUCAGCUUUACUACCGUACAAGAAAAGAAACUUCAUUCAGAAAAACACAGAGAGAAAAAGAAGAAAGAGAAGAAGCAAUUUCACUGUCAGCAGUGUGAGAAGGUUUGUGGCUCUUCUUUUAAUCUAAAAGUUCACAUGAGGACACACACUGGUGAAAAACCUUUCUACUGCACUGAAUGUGGCAAAUAUUUCAGCAGCAAACAAAGUCUUGUUGCUCAUCAGAGAAUUCACACAGGAGAAAAACCAUACGAGUGUCCUCACUGUGAGAAGAGAUUCUGCCUAAAAGCCCAUCUGAGGAUACACAUGCGUUUACACACCAAUGAGAGACCGUAUCAGUGCAGUCAAUGUGAAAAAACCUUUACACAGUCAAGCAUUUUAAAAUCACACCUAAAAACACACAGUGAGGAGAAACUCUUUCAAUGUCCACACUGUGAUAAACGUUUCAAGCUGAAAUCUCAUCUGAAAUGUCACGAGAGGAUUCACACUGGAGAGAAACCUCAUCUCUGCUUAGACUGUUGGAAGAGCUUCUCUGAUCCAUCUCAACUCAGACUUCAUCUGAGAGUUCACACUGGAGAAAAACCAUAUUACUGUAAAGAUUGUGGGAAGAGUUUCAGUCGACAUCAAAUUUUAGUGUCACACCAGAAAAUUCAUACAGGUGAAAAACCUUACAAGUGCUCUGAGUGUGAGAAGACGUUUGCUCAACCACAUGUCCUGAAGACUCAUCAGAGACUUCAUACUGGAGAGAAACCGUACCAGUGCUUGAUCUGUGAGGAGAGAUUUACACAUUUAGGAAGUUUUCAUAAUCACCAGAAGAAACAUGCAAAGGAACAAACUACACUUGAAUCAUCCGCCGAUAAACCAACUAAAGAAAGAAAGAAAGAGCUCGCGUGUGAUGUGUUUGUGUAUCCUCAGUGUUUUUCUCUCGUGAGUGUAAACAGAGUCUUGUCUCUGUGUAUUUUAGUGUUGAAGAUGAUGGAUGUGAUGUGCUGUAAAUCAGGAACUGAUCAGGACUUACAGGAUGAUGAAUCUACUGAUCAAACCUCCACAGAGUCUCUGGAUUCUGUCUGUAACGCUGGAGAACAGCAGCAGAUCCUGCAGACCAAACUCAACAUGUGUUCAGACAAACUCAUCGACUGCAAGAACCUCAUGAUGAAGAUGAGAAGAGAAACCACACCAGAUGAAAAUCACACUGAGGAAGAUGACAGUCAUGAUGAUGAUGAUGAUAAUUUUAUUCCUUCAGAUGAGAGGAGCGAUUCAUGUUCAGAUGGAGAAAUAACUUCUUCAACUUCAAAAGAGAGAUGGACAGCGCAAACUCAAGAGAAGAAACUUCAUUCAGAAGAGCACAGAGAGAAGAAGAAGAGGACACGCCACAUGAGGGGACACAGUGACAAAAAGUCUUUCUACUGCACUGAAUGUGGAAAUUGCUUCAGCACUAAAGGAAAUCUUCGGCUUCAUCAGAGAAUUCACACAGGAGAAAAACCAUACGAGUGUCCUCACUGUGAGAAGAGAUUCGCACAAAAACCUAAUCUGAAGAAACAUGUGCUUAUACACACCAAUGAGAGACCGUAUCAGUGCAGUGAAUGUGACAAAGCCUUUAAGGAUUUAAGUUCAUUAAAAUCACACCAGAAUAUUCACUCUGAACUCUAUCAAUGUUCACACUGUGAUAAACGUUUCAGUUGUAAAUCUUUUCUUAUAGUCCAUGAGAGAGUUCACACUGGAGAGAAACCUCAUCACUGUCAUGUCUGUGAGAAGAGUUUUAAUCAACAUUGCAGUUUAGUUUCACACCAGAGAACUCAUACAGGUGAAAAACCUUACAAAUGCUCUCAGUGUGAGAAGACUUUUGCUCAGUCAGGUAACUUAAAAAUCCAUCAGAGACUUCACACUGGAGAGAAACCUCAUCACUGCAGUGUAUGUAGGAAGAGCUUUAAUCAACAUCACAUUUUAGUUUCACACCAGAGAACUCAUACAGGAGAAAACCCUUACAAAUGCUCUCAGUGUGAGAAGACGUUUGCUCAAGUAGGCAACUUAAAAGCCCAUCAGAGAGUUCAUACUGGAGAGAAACCUUACGUCUGCUCUCAAUGUGGCAAGAGCUUCACUGCUCUAAGUUCUAUCAGACUUCAUCAGAGAGUUCAUACAGGAGAGAAACCUCAUCACUGUAAUGUUUGUGGGAAGAGUUUCAGUCUACGUGAUUAUUUAGUGUCACACCAGAGAACUCAUACAGGUGAAAAACCUUACAAAUGCUCUCAUUGUGAGAAGACGUUUGCUCAGUCAGGUUCCUUAAAAGCUCAUCUGAGAGUUCACACUGGAGAGAAACCUUACGUCUGCUCUCAAUGUGGCAAGAGCUUCACUGCUCUAAGUUCUAUCAGACUUCAUCAGAGAGUUCACACUGGAGAGAAACCUUAUCACUGUAAUGUUUGUGGGAUGAGUUUCAGUCUACGUGAACAUUUAGUGUCACAUCAGAGAAUUCAUACAGGUGAAAAACCUUACAAAUGCUCUUAUUGUGAGAAGACGUUUGCUCAUUCAAGUAACUUAAAAGUCCAUCAGAGAGUUCAUACUGGAGAGAAACCUCAUCACUGUAGUGUUUGUGGGAUGAGUUUCAGUCGACGUGAACAUUUAGUGAGACACCAGAGAACUCAUACAGGUGAAAAACCUUACAAAUGCUCUCAGUGUGAGAAGACGUUUGCUCAAGCAGGCAACUUAAAAGCCCAUCAGAGAGUUCAUACUGGAGAGAAACCUCAUCACUGUAAUGUUUGUGGGAAGAGUUUCAGUCUACGUGAUUAUUUAGUGUCACACCAGAGAACUCAUACAGGUGAAAAACCUUACAAAUGCUCUCAGUGUGAGAAGACGUUUGCUCGUUCAAGGAACUUAAAAGUCCAUCAGAGAGUUCAUACUGGAGAGAAACCUUACGUCUGCUCGAUUUGUGGAGAGAGAUUUGCUUCUUCAAGAAGUCUUCAGAAUCAUCAUAAGCAGCAGCAUACGGAAGAACAAACUACACUAAAAUCAUUAUAGUGUCUUAAAGUCUUUAUACACUAAUAUUCAACAUAAAUGUUCAUCACAACACUAGAAAAACACUUGAUUUCACAUCUGGCAGAUUCAUGUCUCUCUAUCCCACUAUUCAGAGUUUUUUUUACAUUUAUUACAUUAUUUCAUGAAUGAUAUCAUUCAUUUAUUUUAGCAUUCACUUUUAUCCUUAUUUUUAUUAUUGUUUUCUAUUUUUAUUUACAUUUAGUUUAUAUUACAUUCAUUUCAUUCUGUCUAGUUAUUCUAUUUUGUUGUUUAAAUCUUAUGUUAACGCUGUAUUGUCUUUUAAUGCUGAUAUGAGUCUCCAAUGGUCUCCAUCUCGAGGUUUUAUUAACGUUAUGAGAAUGUUGUGAUGUCCACUGUCAAUGUUUGGUAUAGCGACACCUCUUAAAUCUGCCUUUAGUCAGACAAUGUAAGUCAGAGGAUCGAGAACACAACUAAGAUUGUUCAAUAAAACAUUAUUUUAUUCAACAUCA